GCUGGGGGCGGGGGGACGGUGAGUCGGGAUAAACACUCCGCGGCGGUGGCGGCUGCUGCUCUUCUCUGGGUUCUGUCAGUGUCGGCGGUGCCCAGCUCACCGGUCCCCUCCCCCUUCUGGCGAGCGUGGUCGCAAGAGAGGCUCUCUCAACCCUGCUCUGCCGGGUCCUCAGUGGGGCGCGCGUGUCCGGCGGCGGCAAACCCGUGGGCAGUGGGGGUUGGUCCCGUGGCUCCGGCCCCCGGUGCAGAAUGGCGGCGGCGGUUCGGAUGAACAUCCAGAUGCUGCUGGAGGCGGCGGACUACUUGGAGCGGCGGGAGAGAGAAGCUGAACAUGGUUAUGCCUCCAUGUUACCAUACAAUAACAAGGACAGAGAUGCCUUAAAACGGAGGAGCAAAUCCAAGAAGAACAACAGCAGUAGCAGAUCAACUCACAAUGAAAUGGAGAAGAAUAGACGGGCCCACCUUCGCUUGUGCCUGGAAAAAUUGAAGGGGCUGGUGCCACUUGGUCCAGAAUCAAAUCGACACACCACGUUGAGUUUAUUAACAAAAGCCAAAUUGCACAUAAAGAAACUUGAAGAUUGUGACAGGAGAGCCAUUCAUCAGAUAGACCAGCUUCAGCGAGAGCAGCGACACCUGAAGAGGCAGCUGGAGAAGCUGGGCAUUGAGAGGAUACGGAUGGACAGCACGGGCUCCACCGUCUCCUCCGAGCGCUCGGACUCCGACAGGGAAGAGAUCGACGUGGACGUUGAAAGCACAGACUAUCUCACGGGCGACCUGGACUGGAGCAGCAGCAGCGUGAGCGACUCGGACGAGCGGGGAAGCAUGCAGAGCCUGGGCAGCGACGAGGGCUACUCCAGCUCCAGCAUCCAGAGAAUAAAGCUCCAGGACAAUCACCAGACGUGUCUCGGUCUCUAAGAGCGAAGUCGCUUCGGCUGCCCCGACGGCUUCCCCGCAGCUCUGACUAGGUAGUGUAUGGGACCUGCCCACAGUCCCCUCGCCCGGCAGCGUCAGUGUACACCGUCACCAAAAUCAGCUGUGUAAAAGUUUUCAACCAAGUGCUUAGGAUUGUGGGGUUCCCUCCCCCGCCCCCUUUGUUCUUUUGUUUUAAUCCUGGAUCCUCAUCAUAAACGGGUUCCCUGCGCCUGCCAGCGUCGGCGGGCACACGCUGAGCCAGUCAGGGUAGGGCGUGUGCAGCUCCGGACCUGGAAGGGCAGCACACACCUGUCACUGCCCAUUCUCCGGGGUGGACGCCACUUGUCCCUCUAAGAAGUGGGGGGACGCCGACCAGGAUUGUGGGUUUCUGAUUGCAUCCUCUAGCUUCUUUCUCUCCAUAAAAAUUUGUCUCUGAGAGACUGUACAUUCCAAUCAGUUUGCAGCACCCAAGAAUUCUUAGACCGAAUAAGCAACUCUCCCGGAUUGGAAACGUCCCCCUCUUAGUUACUAUCCCCAGGGUGUCUACCAGAGCCUCCUUAAAGUUUGCUGGCUUUCUACCUUACUUGCCUAGCAGAAAUGUCCGAAUGUGUCUUGUGCUUAGGAAACUGAAGGAAACAAACUUUUCCAGUUGAGAGCCUGAUCUCAGAACUCCAAAGCAAGCUUUGAAAGUGGCAUUUAAAAGCACUUAACCAUGGACCUCACCCUCGGUGAGGAGUCAGGAAUACCUCCAGAAAACACACCUUCCCCACACACCCCGGCCCCACGAGCAGAUGGGAGCAGUAUUUCUCACUUCAAAAUGGACACCUUGAGCGCAUGUCUUUGGGGUGGCACAGCUUAGGAAAAAAGCUCCAACAUCAUUCGUUCUCACGAACCAAACGGUACAAUCUAUUUUUGCGCUCUGUCCUUGGGGCCCGCGCUGUGUCCCGCUCUCCAAAGGCGCACUUCCCCUCAAAAGUUGGUCACGCUUCUUGUCUCUGGAACAUUUUUUUUUCCUACCUCAGAGAUAAACGAGAUCUCCACUUCCCACUUAACACCCACUGAUUAUGCCUCUUUUUGUUGUUGUUGUUGUGUUUUUUUUUCCCCAAAUAAGUGACAUUUGGUCCAAUUCUAAUCUAUUUUCCUGUUUAACUUUCAGCAAUAACUGAGCUUGGGUGCUAGCUGAGCUAGUGUCCAUCAUCAGUGAAAGGAAAAGUCCACAUUUCUACUCUGUUGCAGGUGAACAGGAGGGGAUGGUACAGUGUUGCUAGAAUUCCUCUCCUCAUUAUUUUUGGACAAACCCUGAACCUUCUUUACGGAGGCUUUUGGGUUGAUAGUUUAAAAGGCUGAUUUUUCUUUUUGGUUACAAUUUCUCCCUUAAGUGGUCUCCCACUUUGUAGCAUUUUUAUUUAAGCUAAAACAGAGCACAUGUAUAUGUACAUAAGACACAUUAAAUCUAUAAAUACUAUUUAUUCAUUUUAUAUAAACUAAUGUAAUGGAAAAUAAAUUCUUAUGACUUUGUGCUUUUAUAGAUGUUCUAGAAACUUUGUAUGUAGGUAUCUACAAAAUUGGUUCAUCCCCCUCAAUAUUUUUGCAUUCAUAUUUUUGAGGUCUCAGUGUUUUCAGCCUCUGACGAAUCUUUUUCAUUGAAUUUGAACCAUUUGUAAAAUCUGUGACGCUGAAACAGAGUGUGUGUCACAACGUGAUGAGAACAUUCCUAAAAUCCACAGACGCACCUGCAACCUAAGGGCUCCACGGCUGAACCGGAAGCAGGCAGCACCUGUGCCCCCGCUGGCCUGCGGUCUCUAGCCCGCCACAGCCUCACAUCUCCUCAGCGCCUCCUUCCCCACAACUAAAAGUCCAAACUCACUCCACAUGGAAGCUCAUUCUAGAGGUGAAAGCAGUCUAAACAAAGCAAGAUUACUUUUGUGUUUGUCUUUCCUUUUGAUGAUUCUUUAAUGUAUUAAAAUUUUUUAAUUGGAAGUAGUGGAUUCCUAAAUGAUUCCACAGUCAUCUGUAAUUCUUCCGUUUUUGUUUUGUUCUGUUUUCCUCUUCAUUUCAGCUUUGGGUAAGGGGAGGGGCAGGUAACACAAAGGAUUUUUUUUUUUUUUUUUUGAAUCUUUUUCCAAUUACCAGCUGAAGAUUUGCACUGAAAUACAACUUGUAUGCCUUUUGCAUUUUUAAAGCCUGCUUCCUGAAUUUAAGCAGAGUGAUAGUGUUCAAAGAGCCAGCUCAGCCUGUACCAUGUUUGAAAAAGAUAUAUAUCUGCACUUUGAGGUCCCUUUUCGAAUGCCAUUCGCUAGACCUCACAAGCAUUUUGUUUAAUUGCUACGUUCAAGCGCCUCACAAGUCCACGAUGCAGGAUGCUGUUUGGCAUCGAAAACUUAAGACUUUGGGAAGAGCUUGUGGGCUUGCAUUGGGGGAGGGAAGGGAACAAAACUCGUGUAUUUGUUUAAUUUAGAAAUAAGGCAUCUGAGAGAUGCCAUUAUUUUCUGUGUUUUAAUUGUCGUGCCUUUGAGUUAAACUGCAUUUUUGUCUUUUGGUUGAAAUAUGAAAUGUACUGUCCCAAUAUAAAAUAGUAAUUAUUUGACCUUUGCACUGUUUGUCUGGUCCUUUUCCAUUUGAUUGCAUCUAAAUAUGGAACUUGAUAGAUCUCUAUUUUUAAUGCUCUUGUGAUAAGCAGACACCAGGGUUAGAUGUGACUUUCAAAGCUAGAGGUAGAAUAGAAUUGGCAUGCUAGACAGGCCUCUCUCUAACCAAAACUAUAACCGUCAGGACCAGCAAACUCAGCCCAAGGCAGCUAAUCCCUUCCCCACGUGGCCGAUCAGCAGCCCUGAUUCGCCAGCCUAUCCUCUCAUUCACUGAUCCACCAGCAUGACUGUUAAGAGCUAGACAGUCUUUUUGGUUCUGGUUUUGUUUUUGAUUUUGUUUUUAAGCAAAAUGAAAAACCUUUCUAUUAGGGCUGUUGGGCGGGAGGGACGGGCAAAGAUAUAAACCCCAGCCUUUAAGACUUUGACUAUUGUACGUAAAUAUAGAUGUGUGUAAAUAUAGGCACAUGCAUAUUUUUAUGUGAAAACUGGUUUUAAGAAACUAAGAAGAAUUCUAAACUACAACUCUUAUUGCUACCAUUGCAGUGCAAAUGGGGAAAAUAAGAGUAUGCAGUGCAGCUUAAUUUCAGGCAGCGAGCAAAUAUAUGCGUGCUUUUGUUAACAUCCCAGAAAACCUAGCUUUCCAUGCCCGUUGGCUUAGAAUGGUGGGCAAGCACCCAGGAUAUUUUCGUUUCCUUUUGCUAAGCAGACAUCUGGAAUUCAAGGUGCUGAUAGUGACCUCGGCUCCUUUUUCGAGUCACAGAUCUCAUGCUAGUGAAUCCAAGAGCAUCAGCCUUUUUGAACAGGACCUAGAUUUUUCUUCCUGCCAACCCAAAACUAAAAUAAUUUCAGUGUUGAUUCAGAAAUGAGCACUAAGAAGGCCCUGACCCUGCAAUUGGCCGCUUGAGUAGUUUGGGGUUUUUGGGGGGUUUGUUUUGUUUUUAAGGUGGGCAUUCUCCUUUAACCUCUACUUUUUUCAAAAGAAACAAAACGUCCUUACCUGGGUUUCCUCUGAGCUUCUCUUCUCUGUCCCUGAAGUGGCCAAAAACAAAUCCUGGAGCAUGAACAAAAAAAAGUGUAAACUAGGAAGGAUUGUGAUGCUCAAAAUAACUGCCAAGCAAUAUCUUGGGGCUUGAUAAUGGAUGUUGUGGGCUUUCUUCUUGCCUCUCCCCCAUCCUUUAAAGAAAAAACUUAUUUUUGAAAAGUAUACGCAGAUACCUGAUUUGGCUUUUCUAUCAUACUAACUGGCAAGAAUACCACUUUCAUUGUGUUUUAUAACCCAUUUGUUCCCCCAAACUCACUCCUUUGUUUCCCCUAGUUUCUUUGUUGUCCCCUUUUACCUGCCUUGUGUGUUGAAUGCCAGAAAGUCAAAGGCUGUACAGCAAUUUUCUGCAUGUCUGUCUAUUAUUUUUCUAUGUCUAACUCUUGGAUGAAGUAUGUCUAGGUAGCCGGCUACUCCUGAUUUUAAAAAAAUCCUUCCUGAGAGAAGACGACCCAAAGACUCUUGCAGAUGAGGUGGUUUUUCUCAUUCUACAUGAUCAGAUGUCUGUAGAUUGUGGGAAGUUUUGUUCUCAAAGAUAGGUGGGGAUGGGGGCGGGGUGCAAUAUGUGAUUUAUCAUGACUUUUUCAUUAACACUUAUUACCUGGAUGAUUUUCUUACCCUAUGUUCUUCUGAAAGAAGAAAUAAUUGCCUGGCACUGCUAGAGUCAGCUAUUGAACGGCUGAAGAAAUUGAGUGUCUUCUCAAAAUGUAAAACAAGAAUUAGGAAAACACUCGCUGCUGAGAGUUCUCCAGAUUUUAAGUUUUGAUUUCUGAUUCGAUCUGGGGGGAGCGAGUGCAGAGGAUUGAGAGGGCUUUUUUCAUUUUAGCUUUUACCAGAGAACCAAGCUUGCCUUGACCCCUUGUCCUUAGAAUCGGUGCUCUGGGAAUGUUGCUGUUAGCCAUCAGUGUUGGGGGCCAUCUUCCUAAUGGUAAACACAGCCUAAACAGGGGAGCAGCAGAGAAGGGAGUAUGAAAUUCUGUCUCCAGAUGUUUCUUUGUGUAAAUAUGUUGCCAAUGUAAAGCCUGUGUCAAGACAUAGAGAAUGGUGCUUUUUACUAUAGUUGGUACAUGCAUUUUUAGAACUACUCCGCGUUUUAGAGAACCUUUGCUGUGUAUAUGUAAACUUCUUGUAUUGUUCAACUGUUAACAAAUAAUAAAUUAUUUCAUUAUUAAAGAAA